AUGCUCUCACGUGUUGCUGCUGUCAUGUCACCCCGCACACUCAACCGUCGCCGCGUGACCGGAUCCAGCGGAAGGAGGAGGGAAGGAGGAGAGAUUGAGCAGCGGAGGCCCAACAUGUCCCGGCGUGUGUUUACUUCCGCGGUGCUGCUCCUCCUUGUCGUGAUGAUGUGCUGCGACAGUGGAGCUGCGACUGCUGUAGAGAGUAAGUCAGGGGAUGGUCAGAAGCUGCAGUGGGUCGAUCUAUUUUUGCCGAAUCAGACGCUGGUUGUACCGAAAGGUGGAACGUCUCAAGAGACGAAGAGGGAUUCAUUUGUUUCACCCUCUCUCGUCAGUGCUGGUGGAGUAAUUGCUGCUUUUGCCGAAGGUCGCGUGUAUGCCGAAUAUGUCGUUGAACGUAAUAAAAUAAUUGAGCCAAUUUCUUCUUAUGUUGUUGCGGGGUACAUUGACUCCUCGUGGGAUUGGUCCACACUUGUUGGCAAGGUGAGUGAAAGUACAUGGAAGGCAGACACCGUGCUUGGUACAACGGAUGGAACGGAUAAUCGUGUGGAGGUUUUUUACCACCCCACAACCACCACGAAGGGCAAUAAGGUGUUUCUUCUUGCGGGAAGCCUUGAUUUGCACAAUGAAAGUGAUGGGAAGUGGAAAUGGGACAACUUUGAGCUGAAACUGGUUGUGGGUGAUGUCACGAAUCCCACGGGUGGCAAGCUGAGUGAACGGAUCAAAUGGGGCCCAAUCAAGUCUCCAUUGAACGAGAGUACUAUGGCUGCUCACGAAGGUAACUUGAAGGAGUUUCGUGCCGCUGGUGGCUCAGGCAUUGUGAUGCAGAAUGGCACGCUUGUGUUUCCACUGAUGGCGAAGAGCGGAAAUGGUGACGUUUACUCCAUGAUCAUUUACUCGACGGACAACGGCAGUAAUUGGGUGCUCUCGAAGGGCGUUUCCCCUGCGAAAUGCUAUAACCCCCGCGUCACCGAAUGGGAGGGUUUACUUCUCAUGAUUGUUGACUGCGAGGAUGAACAGAAAGUGUACGAGUCGCGUGACAUGGGGACAACGUGGACGGAAGCUGUCGGGACGCUUCCAGGCGUGUGGGUCAACUCACGAUCAUUCUUUUGGGACCUGAGCUUGCACGUGGAUGCCCUCAUCACCGCGACCAUUGAGGGCAGGAAGGUCAUGUUGUACACACAGAGAGGGAACUCCUCGGGGAAGAAUAAGGCCAAUGCGCUCUACCUUUGGGUGACGGACAGCAACCGCUCGUUUUCUGUUGGACCGGUUGGCAUGGACAAUGCUGGGAAGGGGGAGCUUGUCAGCGCCCUGCUGUACUCGGAUGGCAAUCUGCAUCUUUUACAACGGAGGGGCAACGGUAAAGGCAGUGCCAUUUCACUUUCCCGCAUGACGGAGGAGCUGAAAAAAAUUAAUUCCGUCCUCAGUACUUGGGCGCAAAAGGACAUUUUCUUCUCCAGCUUUUCUAUACCCACGGCGGGUCUGGUGGCAGUUUUGUCCGAUACGGCCAGUGGUGACACGUGGAACGACGAGUACCUUUGCCUGAAUGCAACGGUGACGAAAGGAAGGAAGGUCAAGGAUGGAUUGAAAUUGACGGAGUCUAACUCCGGGGUAAUGUGGCCUGUGAACAUUCCGGAUGAUAAUGUGCGUCAUAUAUCCUUGAGCCACGACUUCACAGUUGUGGCGUCGGUGACCAUCGAAAAUGUUCCGAGUGAGGACGCUCCUCUACUGGGUGCGAUUUUUGGGGACAAUAAUUCCUCGCAUACCAUGGGAAUCUUGUAUACCGCGGAUAAAGAGUGGAUGACGAUGUUCAAAUACAAGAAGAAAACAAAAAGUGGCACUUGGGAGCCGGGGAAAGAAUACCAAGUGGCACUCAUGCUGCAAGGCAACAAGAGCUUUGUGUACAUUGAUGGUGAGUCGCUGGGAGAAGAGGAAACGCUGUUAACAGGUGAGAGACCACUUGAGCUCGCAGGCUUUUGCUUUGGCGCGUGCGGUAUGCAAAACUCUCCUGUGACGGUGAAGAACGUCUGUCUGUACAACCGCCCACUGAAUCCCACUGAGAUGACUGCAAUCAAGGACAGGAAACCCGUUCCAAAGAGAGCUCCGGAACCACAAGCGGGAGGUGUUCCUCAAACCAUCGCAUCUGCUGGGUCUGGCCCAGAGAAAAAUUCAGCAGCUCCAGCGGUGCCCAUGACAUUGGACCUCCAUGCAGUUGAAGAGGUGAGUGAGAGUGGAGCGGCAAAGAGGAAUACCUCUCGGACUGAGGGUGUACAAUUCUUUGAGCCAGAGGUGAGCUUGAAUUCUGCUGGGAGCGGACUGCUGCCGCUGCUGCUUCUGCUGGGACUGUGGGGGUUUGCGGCUGCGUGA